AUGUGGUUUAAAGUUUGUGGAAAGCUGAUUAGGUUUUCUUUGGGUGAAUUUGGGUUAUUUUCUGGGUUAAAUGUGUUUGGUGACAUUGCUGAUAGAGGUGGAAUUAAGAAUAGUAAUCCUAUUGGAUUGUAUUCUAAAUUUUUUGGUGACCAUACAAGGGGCAUUUCAAGAAUUAUUGUUGAAGAAAGGUUUAAGGCUGCCAAUUUUGAUAAUGAUGAUGAGGCUGUUAGGAUGGCUGUACUUUACCUGAUCACUAACUUUUUGUAUGCUUGGCAAAAACAGAAGAACAUUGAAAAAACUGACUUGUAUCUUUGUGAUAGUGGUGGUUUUAAUCAUUUUCCAUGGGGAAAUGAUAUUUUUAAUGUGACUCUCUCAUCUUUGAGAGAUGCUUUAAGGGAAAAUGAAUUGAAUGGUUUGCCAUUUGUUUUCCAAGUUUUCAUUUACGAAUCAAUUCCUAGUUUAGAGGGAACUUAUUGUGAGAAGGUUAGUUGUGGUCUGCCUAGGAUUAUAAAUUGGUCAUCUGUUGCAAUCUCAUCUCAUAAGGAGCUUGAGAGGAAUGUGUUUUCAUUACAUAAGACCAAAAUUGUUAAAGUUUUGCCCACUGAUGAAGAGAACAAUGCCUUCAAGCUUGAAGGUUUUUUCCAGUGCAACAAGGAUAUGAAUGUUGCUGAUUUUGAGGAUGAUGAUUUUGUUGCUCCUCCAAAGAAACCAACCAGUGAGGCUCCUUCAUCAUCCUAUGUUCCUUGUGUGACAUUUGGUUUUUCUGAUAUGAAAAUUAUUGUGGAUGAAUGUCAGAAGAAGUGUAACAUUAUGUCUAAGGAAAUUGCAUUUUUAAAGUCUGCUAGUGAAUCUAGACAUAGGGCAUUGAUGGAGAUGUUGGUUAAUUUGAAAAAUGAUCAAGAUUUAAAACACAAGGCAGUUAUGGAAAUGUUAGGUGAGUUGAGGCCAAAAUCAUGUGGUAUUAAUGAUGAUAUUGAUCCUGUUGAUGUUGGUUUUGUGGGAGCUGAUGUUGGUGAUACUUCUGGUGGUGGUGGUGUUUCAAAGGAAAAUGAUAAGUUUUUUGAGAAUGAAAGUUUUACCCAAGUUUUUGAUGAAUGCAUUCAAGCAAUGCAAGAAGAUGCUGCUGGAGAUAUGGUAAUUGCAGAUGAUAAGAAUGAUACAGUAAAUGAGAAUGAGAAGACUACUGGGAAUGAUGUUGAAGAAACAAUGGAAUCUGAUUUUGUUUCCAUUGGAGUAUGAGAAGUGGAAGAGAAAGUUUAG